AUGACGACGACGCCAGCAACAGUACCGGGAAGAAAACGACGUUUACUAACAUCUGAAUCGUGUCAUCAAUCCGAAGAUGAUAAUGAUGAACAUUCAAAUUCCAGUGAUCCUUCUGGAAAUAAACAACGUAACUCUGCACCAUCAGAUUUAACAUCACAUCGCCCGAUUGUUAGCGAACGUCAACAGUUAGCUGUUUUGAAACAAUUAACAGCCGGUGACGAAUCAAACAGUAGCUCGCCAACACCAAAUGCGGUAACAACUCAACAACGUCCAACAAAAAUUCAUCGUCGAAAUGAACACGGAGAAAUAAUUCUACAUAUUGCUGCACGAAAAGGUGAUUUAAAACAGUUGAAAAAAGCAUUACACGAUGGAGCGAAUGUCAACGAAGAAGACAAUGCUGGAUGGACACCAUUACAUGAAGCUGUGACAAAGAAUCAGUUGAAAGCAGCGAGCUUACUUCUCAAAUCUGGCGCAAAUUCCAAUGCACCAGGUUCAGAAGGGCAAACGCCGCUCAUCGAUGCCGUACUCAACAAUAAUCUCAUGAUGGUGGAAUUAUUGUUAAAUUAUUCUGCAGAUCCGUCAGUAAUUGAUUUAACUAAUGUUAAUGAAACUAUGUUGAAAACGCUGAAACGAGAAACAAAUACAUUUGAUUUAUCAGAUAACGAAUCAUUAAGUUUAUCAUCGCCGAUCACAAGUGUGGAUGAUUCAGAGCAUGAUGAAGACAAGAUUGAGAGAAAUACCUUACUUUCACCGAAAGCUACACAAAAGAAACCGUUUCAAUCUGAUCCAGAUCAUUCAUCCGAUUCAUUUUUAAACAACAAAACAUCGACUAUGGACAGCGACUUUUCGAGAAAAAAUCCAUACGAUUUCGAAAGUGAUGAUGAAGAAACCAUACGCAAUCCAAAACAGCGAACUAUCAGUGGCAUAUCAAAUGACAGUAUCGAUCUGAAACCUCAACCAAAUUUCUCUAUUGACCAAUCACUAUCAAAUGAUGAACUUAUUCAACAUAUUUAUCGCGUUCCACCAUUGAAAAUCGUCCUAGCUCGAACAGUAAUAAACAAAAAUCUCGCUACGGAAAGUAAUAACUUGUCUCUGGUGGAUGAAGAUUCGACUAUGGAAACAUAUGCACUGCCAAUAAUAGAAGAAAAUGAUAAAUUUUUAUCAACUAUCAUUAGUUCCACUGAAUGUAAUAAUAUUAACACUAAAACGGUGGCUCCAGAGAAAACUUUGUCAAAUAUAAAUGACGAGUCAACACGAUCACCUGAGCUGCUCAUAUCAGAUUUAAUCCAAGAGAUUAUCGAGCAAAUAGAAGAACAAGCUAGCUUAGCAUUGAUUUCAACCGAUGAACAAAUGAUUCCAGCAGAAAAGGAAGGUCAUUUAAAAUUAACGACACGUACACUACGCUCGCAUGCGAGAGGCAAAGCAAAUACAUCAAAUCAAUCGUCUAAUGAUAGCAAACGACCUGUAUCGAAUCGAAGACGAAUUCUAAAUCAAAAAUCUGGAGAUGAUUCCACUGAAAAACGUUCACGAAAGAAAACCAUCUCCGAACGUUCGAAUAACACCGAAACAUCAAGUAAUUCCGAUGAUCAAAUCAGUGAAAAUCUCAAUGAAAAAAUCGACCGCAUGGAAGAUUCCUGUGCAAGCAUUGAUGAAGGAAAUAAUUCAACAAGAAUGCUUAAACAAGUUCAUAGUCACCCUGAUGUUGGAUCAUUACCGCCAAAUAAACGACGACUACGUGAGAGAAAUGCCAUUCUACUGAAUUCUAUCGAUGGAUUUUCUCCUGUGAAUGGUUUGACAUCGGAAAGUACAAUGUCAACAGAAACAACCACAGUUGCACGUGACAUACCAAAAAAUGGUAUUAAACAAUUCCUAAACAUCCGCCAACAAAUUGACAAACGGCAUGAAGCAAUGCUGCAUGACUACGUUGUUCCAAAGUUUCCUAAGGAUUUUAGUGAGACAUUGAUGGCGAAAAAGAAUUAUCUUUUAACACCUUCGUUGAAAUCGUUUCCAAUUACAACACCUGCAUCGCUUGGUAUUCGACGUUUUAAUCCACCGUCGGACCUGGAUGAACAUCUGUCAGAUGUUUUUGUACGUCAAGAAGAUGAAAGAUACCGUAUGAAACUCAGACAUCAAGUUGAACGAGAGAAGUUAAUUCUUUCGCAUGAACAAGAAAUCUUGCGUUUGUAUGGAAACGCAACACGUUCAUCAAUCAAUCAAGAGAUACCCUUGAGUUAUUGUUCACUACUUCGAGAUAACGAAGUCUACAAUGACCCAUCGGUUCGAGAACGUCAUGGUACACUAUUGAACAAUGAUUAUACAAAUACAGAGUUAGGUAAACGAGGUAAAAAUCGAUGGAGUGGUCGUUCGUUUAUCAAAUGGGUUGAAGAUUCCAAUUUAAAAUAUCAACGUCUCAGUUGUGAAAUCAAUCAACGACAAGCUUUGGAAGCAAAUACACUCUAUUCUAUGCAACGCAUGGUCUGGACAAAACAUUUACCAAAAGAAGCAUUAGCAUCUAGUCGAAUACAUUCGUUCUUAUCUGAACGUUAUCUACCAAAAGUCGAAAUCAAUACACAGUUCUGGACACAGCGAGAAACAAGUCCUAUUUAG